GUUCCGUGGACAUGAUGAAUCAGAAACUUCAUUGAACAAAGGCAACUUUCUAGAAUUUCUUGAUUGGUACAAACUAAGAAAUGAGGAAGUGAGGCAGGCAUUUGAAUUUGCUUGUCCUAAAAAUGCUAAAAUGACUUCUGGAACAAUUCAGAAAGAACUUGCCGAGUGUUGUGCUCAAGCGGUUACCAAAGUCAUAAAAGAAGAGAUAAGUGGUUGUUUAUUCUCUAUUCUUGUUGACGAAUCUCGUGAUAUAUCAGUCAAAGAGCAAAUGGCCAUCAUAGUCAGGUAUGUGAAUAAAAAAGGGCAAGUAGUUGAAAGAUUUUUGGGUAUCAAGCAUGUCAAGCUAACUACAUCAGAAGCAUUAAAGAGAGCAAUAGUGGAGGUUCUUAGUGCCCAUGGUUUAACUAUUGCAAAAAUACGAGGCCAAGGGUAUGAUGGAGCUUCUAAUAUGAGAGGUGAAUUCAAUGGUGUUCAAAAACUAAUUCGUGAUGAGAACCCAUAUGCUUUCUAUAUCCAUUGUUUUGCUCACCAAUUGCAGUUGGUAGUUGUUUCGGUUUCAAAGUGUUGUUCAUCUAUAGAGGAUUUCUUUGACUAUGUGAACAUGAUUGUGAGCAGCACUAGUGCAUCUUGUAAGAGGAAGGAUUUAUUGAUUGAUAGUCAUCAUACAAUUGUUUUGAAUAAGUUGGAGAGUGGAGAUAUUUCAUCAGGUAGAGGACAACAUCAAGAAACAUCAUUGCCUAGGCCUGGAGAUACAAGAUGGGGAUCUCACUACAGGACAUUGCUUCGUAUUGAAACAAUGUGGGACUCAAUAAUAGAAGUUCUGCAAGUGGUGCAUGAUGAGGAACGUAAUCCAUCAAGGGCAGGGGGGUUGGUGCCUACUAUGGAGUCUUUCAGCUUUGUGUUUAUCAUGAAGAUGAUGUUACAGAUCCUUCACAUAACAAAUGAGCUAUCUCAUCUGUUGCAGAAGAAGGAUCAAAAUAUUGUUGAGGCCAUGUCUUUGGUUAUUGACGUGAAAACACGUUUGAACAAUUUGAGAAGCGAAGGUUAUGAGCCACUACUUGAAGAAGUCAAAACAUUUUGCCAAGAAAAUGAUAUCCCAAUACCAAAUAUGGAAGAUAGUGUACCAAGAUUUGGUAGAUCAAGGAAAGGAGGGAGAAACAACAUCACUCAAGAUCAUUACUUUCGUGUUGAUACCUUCUUUGCUACCAUAGAUGCUAUCACAACAGAGUUUGAUCAUCGAUUCAGUGAGAAAAGAAUAAGAGACCAGUUACAAACCUUCAUUAUUCAUGUUAGAAGAGUUGAGGCAUUCAGAGCUUGUUAUGACCUUGCAAGCCUAGCAAUGAAAAUGGUUGAACUUAAGAGGCAUGAAAUAUUUCCCUUGGUUUAUCGCCUAAUUGAGCUGGCAUUGCUGCUACCAGUAGCAACUGCAUCAGUUGAAAGAGCAUUUUCAGCCAUGAAGAUUAUUAAAACUGAGUUGCGGAACAAGAUGUCCGAUGGUUGGCUUAAUGACUUGAUGGUGGUGUAUAUUGAGCGGGAGAUAUUUAAAGGAAUUGAUCUUGAAUCUAUCAAGAAGGCUUUUCAGAAGAAAAAAGAUAGAAAUAUGCAAUUGCCAAAGUCUCCUAGACGCAACUAAUAAUAAAUAUACCGCUUCUUUGGUCCAAUUGUUGAUUUGAUGCGUACUUUACGUGUUUUUCUUCAUUUGAGGUACUUCUAAACCAUAUUUUUGUUGUGAACCUUUAUUUCCGUAUAAUAUUUGAACAUAAUCUAGUAAUCCACCGCCA